AUGAAGUCAUUCACUGCCUUUGCGUUUGCUUCACUUACGUUUUUGAACACCGCCAAUGCCCAUUAUAUCUUCGAGUACCUGACCGCAAACGGGGUCAAGGGUUCGGCAUAUCAGAACGUCCGAAAGAACACCAACUACAACUCCCCCGUAACCGAUCUGGCCUCGAACGAUCUCCGGUGCAAUGUCGGUGGAGGCUCAAGCGAUGGCACGACUACAGUAUCAGUUGCUGCAGGUUCAUCCGUCACGUUUACAGCAGACACAGCUGUCUACCAUCAAGGACCUGUCUCUUUUUACAUGACCAAGGUUGACGACGCAACUAAGGCAGACGGGAGCACUAACUGGUUCAAGAUCAAGGAAAUUGGGCCAAUCUUUCCUGGAGGUACCUGGGACUUGGAGCUUAGCUACAGCGUCCCGAUUCCAUCUUGCGUUGCCCCAGGAGACUACCUCCUUCGAAUUGAGCAGUUGGCUAUCCACAAUCCCUACCCCGGCGGUAUACCGCAAUUCUAUAUUUCAUGUGGGCAAUUAAAGGUCACCGGUAGCGGUUCGAAGACGUUCAGCGGUGUCAAGAUCCCAGGUCACGUGAAAGUAACGGACCCAGGCUACACAGCGAACAUCUACAACAACUUCAGCAACUAUACCGUACCUGGUCCCGCUGUCAGUACGUGCUAAGUGGCGUGAGAGAGGCCUUUUCGAUCCACUAUAUGCUAGCAUCUGCUACACUGCCGCUAGUAACAUGUAG